AUGUUUUUCUCAAAAGCUGGCAAAGCCGCUGUUGAAUGGGCAAAGGGUUCAAAAGUCCCUUACAAGGAGUUUGCUCUCACCCUUGAGAAAAUCGAAGAGUUAUCGGGAAAAAAGAAAGUGGAUGAAUUGGCUCAAUUUUUCACCAAAGUUCUGGACUUUUCACCCGACGAUUUAACAGCGUGCGUGUACAUGUCAGUUAAUCAGCUCGGGCCAUCGUAUGAAGGGCUCGAGCUUGGAGUUGCUGAAAAUUCGCUGAUCAAGGCUGUUGCUAAAGCGACCGGACGUACAGAGGGAAAAAUUAAAGAAGAUCUUCGCGCGAAAGGAGAUCUUGGGACUGUCGCACAACAGUCAAGAUCCAAUCAGAAAAUGCUUGCUGUUCCAAAAGCAUUAACUGUUCCAACUGUUUUCAACAAGUUAACCGAAAUUGCAAAGCUCAGUGGCACUUCAGCUAUGAACAAGAAAGUUGAUGCCAUUAGUGCACUCCUCAUUGCAUGUCAAGGAAUUGAGGCUCGAUUCCUCGUCCGAAUGCUCGCCGGCAAAAUGAGAAUCGGUCUCGGUGAACAAAGUGUUCUAUCAGCACUUGGACAUGCAUUCACUCUUUCGAAAAUAACUGAUCAAAAGGUUCGUGGUGACAAACUCGAUUCUCUGAAAGAUGCAAAUGUUAAGCGAGUAAAGACCGCCUAUUGCGAAUGCCCUAACUACAAUCGUCUGAUCGAAGUUGCACUGACUGAAGGUGUGGAAGCUCUUGUCGAAAAAUGUAAACUUUCACCCGGAAUUCCACUGAAACCUAUGCUGGCUCACCCUACAAAGGGAAUUGAUGAAAUUAUGCGACGAUUCAGAAAUCAGACAAUGACCUGUGAAUGGAAAUAUGACGGAGAACGCGGCCAGAUUCAUAAACGAGAAGACGGGCAAAUUUUCAUCUACAGUCGAAACCAAGAGAACAACACUACCAAGUACCCCGAUAUUAUCGAAAAAAUUUCAUCCUGCAUCGGGGAUGGGGUAACUUCAUUUAUUGUCGAUGCUGAAGUUGUAGCUAUCGAUGAGGCUGGCUUAAUUCUUCCGUUCCAAGUUUUGUCGACUCGUAAAAGGAAAAAUGCAACUGAUGAUAACGGAGUCAAGGUUGUAGUUUUUCUUUUCGAUCUUCUCUACUUCAAUGGGGAGCCUCUCGUGAGAAAACCACUCCGAAAAAGAAGAGAACUUCUUCGAACAAACUUCAAAAAGAUUGAUGGAAGCUUCUAUUUUGCAACUUCCGUAGAUACAAAUGAUACUGAUGAAAUCAACUCUUUCUUCGAUGAAGCCGUUCAAAAUAAAUGCGAAGGACUCAUGAUCAAAACUCUCGACACUGAAGCUACUUAUGAGAUUUCAAGACGUUCCCACAGCUGGUUGAAAAUGAAGAAAGAUUACGUUGAUGGAGUAGGAGAUACGUUGGAUCUUGUCGUCAUGGGUGCUUAUUCUGGAGUUGGAAAGAGAACUGGAGUGUAUGGAGGAUAUCUUCUCGGAUGUUACAAUCCUACUACAGAAGAGUACGAAAGUGUAUGCAAGAUUGGAACUGGUUUCACUGAUGAAGAUUUGGCCGAGCAAUACAAGAUCCUACAAGACAAGAAAAUUGACAAAUCUCCUUCUUAUUAUCAAUUUGAUCACACUCUUAAACCAGAUGACACUUUUUCUCCGUAUCUUGUUUUCGAAGUCAAAUGUGCCGAUAUUACUAUAUCUCCGCGUCACAAAGCUGCAAGUGGAUUGACGGAUGAUGGAAAAGGAAUCUCUUUGAGAUUUCCUCGUUUCCUGCGUAUUCGGGACGAUAAAAAUUCCGACGAUGCAACAUCUUCGGAGCAAGUUCUUGAAAUGUACAAAAACCAAGAAGCUUUUGCCAACCAGAAGAUCGAAAAGGCGGAUGCAGUUGAUGAGGAUGACGAAUUUGAAGAAAAAGAAGAUGAAGAGGAGGAGUUGAACAUGACCAAUGUAUCUGAAGGAAGUUCUAAAGAAAAUCCAGUGAAAGAGGAGAUCAAGAAAGAGACUCCUAAAUCAGUAUCCCCGAAAAAAUUCGAAAAGAAACCGCCUGUAAAAUCUUCACCAGUUAACAAAUCGCCCGUGAAAAGUUCACCAAUAAAGAAAGAAGCAGAGAAAAAGAAAGGACCAGUUGCUAGCAUCUUUUCAUCAUCGACAAAGAAGAAUGAAAAAGACGUUAAAGUGGAAUCUCCAUCUCCGAUCAGAAAGAAGAAGCUGCCUUCUGAUUCUGACGAGUCUGAUGAAGAAACCUCAACUAAUAAGAAACAGCCAGCAAAGAAGAGGUCUCGCGUUGCAAUUGAUUCCGAUUCCGACUAAUGCCAAGCAACUAAUACUGAGAUACAUUUCUGCAUAUUCAAUGAUUUACUUUUUGUACUAUGUUUCCUAAUUUUCUAAGUAAAUACCUCACAUCG